AUGGGCUUGGCGGCUGCCCACAGCAUCCGCCUGGCUGGCAGCGACCUCUGCGCCCUGGCCGAGCACCUGGACAUUGCAGCCAGCUUCUGCCUGCUGCCUGACAUCCAAUCUCCUGCUGAGCCAGACCCUAGCCCCUGGGACCUGGGUGAUCCUGUGGCCUUUCAUCCUCUGGAUUCUGUAGAGCUGAGCCUGCCCCUCACCAAGGCUGUCCUGAAGAACCUCCAGGUUGUCCUGUCCAGAAUGGGGUCGUGGAUGGAACUAGGUGGCUCAGCCUUCCAAAUGCUAGGCACGGUGGCUGCAGCCUGGUGGCUUCUGCGGGUGGCCUGGUGGCUGGGCCAUGCCCUGCUGGUCUAUGGGCUACCCCAGGUUGGCCUGGGCCUUGGCAUUUCUCUCAGGAAGCAAGGGGCCUGGGCAGUGGUAACCGGGGCCACAAGUGGAAUCGGCAGGAGCUAUGCUCAUGAGCUGGCCCGAAGAGGCCUCAACGUUGUACUGGUGAGCCGAGAUCUCAGCAAGUUACGUCGGGAGGCAGAGGACAUUGAGAGACUCCAUGGUAAGGAAACAAGAGUCAUCCAGGUGGACUUCAGUGGAGGCUUAGAGAUCUAUGAGACAGUUGAGAGAGGCUUGGAGGGCCUAGACAUCGGCAUUCUAGUGAACAAUGUUGGAGUAGCUCCCAAGAUAAUCCCCCAGAAGCUAAUGGAUGUGAAGAAUGCAGGCAAGAGUUUCACAGACAUGAUGAAUUGUAACAUGCUGUCAAUGGUUCAGAUGACCCGGAUCAUCCUGCCUCAGAUGGUAGCCAGGGGACGAGGAGUCAUCAUCAACAUAUCCUCUAUGGCUGGCAGACAGCCUUCCCCAUUCUUGGCAUUAUAUGGGGCUACUAAGGCCUUUAUGAAUAGCUUCUCUCGGGCUGUGGCCUUGGAAUACCGGUCCUCUGGAGUCAUCAUACAGACUCUUACUCCUCUGGUAGUUUCCAGUAACAUGAGCCAGAUGCCACCCACAAAAUUCUUGGUGAAGUCUUCAGAUGACUUUGUCAGAGAAGCCUUGGACACCGUAGGCGUCUCUAACUUCACCUGGGGGUGUUUCCUACACUCUGUCCACGGUCUGGCUUACCAAAGAGGGGGGCCACAGUUCACCAAGGUAGUUGUCCGGCUGAUACAACUGUCACUUGGCAGCCCUCAGAUGCUUGGAUUCUCAUGGAAGUGCUCUACCCACUGCUGGAAGCUGGAAGGUCAAGAGACAGAAGGAGAAGCUCAUGUCAGCAUUGCCUAAGCACUGUGACCCAGU